GUCUCUCCUAGCGCCGAACGUUAAAGCAAACAAACGGAAACACCCGUAGAGCAGUGUCGUAACGGCAACACCCUUGCCCCAUUCCGGAUGCGACCUCCUGCUGGGAAUAUCUCAAGAUCAAAAGUUUCAAUAUAAGGCUCAGGUGGCAGAGGAUAAAAGGAAACACUGGACUUGCGGCCCCAUCUUUCAAGAAUAGAAAAAUUAGAAAAUGGAACAACCAUGUUUGUUAUGUGAAGAACAAGACCCAGAAUCAGAACCACAGAAAAGUACAAAAGAAACCAAACAAAUGGAUGAUGAAGACGCUGAGCUCAUCUUUGUUGGGGUGGAGCAUGUAAAUGAGGAUGCUGAGCUGAUCUUUGUUGGGGUGACAUCAAAAGCAAAGCCAGUUGUUUCAAACAUUUUAAAUAGAGUCACCCCAGGUUCGUGUUCAAGGAGAAAAAAGUGUGGUCACCUCAGAAAAAAUGCUGCUCAUAGAUUGCAACCUACAAGUCAGGUGACCUCUCCAUCAGAAACAGUGACUGUCUUGUCAGAUUCUCCAUCUGAAUCAAGAUCAACAGAUAGUCCUAUUGUUAUUGAACCUUUGCCUGGACCUGCUUAUGAAAGUAGUUCUUCACAAGUCGUGCCUAGUAGCUCUUCAGGGUUAGGCUCUCCUUUGGUUACAUUAACAAGUUCAUUGCAUCAUCCAGGAAAAACAGUAUUUUCAGUAGGAGAUACGAAUGAAAGUCAGUGUGUAUCAAAGCGAUGUUCUACUUCUGAAGUAAAUAGCACAAAUUCUAAAAGUCCUAAACUCAGUGAUGAAGUAAAAGGAGGAAUUUCUUCGGCUUUGUCUGCUUCAGAUAUUUCUCGUACAUUGAAUCUUCAGCAAAGUACACCCUGGAAUGAUCUUCAUACCUCAUUAAGCCAUGUUCAGAAUACAGCGCCUUUUCCAGCAGCUUUUCCAAAGGACAGUAUCCAUUUCAGGCCUACAAAUGUAAAUCCUGAUAUGGAAAGUAGAUUGGCAAAAAUUUCAAGUCCAACAAGUCAAAACAAGACCUUUGAUCCCAAGACAGGAAGUCUGAUCCUGUUGCUUAGUGACUUUUACUACGGAUAUCAUAAAGGAGAUGGGCAGCCAGAACAGAAGACUCACUCAACCUUUAAAUGUCUCAGCUGCUUGAAAGUUCUGAAAAAUAUUAAGUUUAUGAAUCACAUGAAGCACCAUUUCGAACUUGAGAAGCAGAGAGGUGACAGCUGGGAAAACCACACCACCUGCCAGCACUGCUAUCGGCAGUUUCCCACUCCCUUCCAGCUGCAACGUCACAUUGCAAGUGUACACACUACCCAGGAGCCCUUUGCUGUCUGUAAAAUCUGUGAGUUGUCAUUUGAAACCGAUCAGGUUCUCUUACAACACAUGAAGGACAAUCAUAAGCCUGGGGAAAUGCCCUAUGUGUGCCAGCUUUGCAAUUAUAGAUCAUCGGCCUUUGGUGACGUGGAAACACAUUUUAGAGUAUGCCAUGAGAACACUAAGAAUUUACUGUGUCCGUUUUGUCUCAAAAUUUUCAAAACUGCAGCACCAUAUGUAUGUCAUUAUAGGCGACACUGGGGAAAGAGUAUUCACCAGUGUUCUAAAUGUCGGCUUCAGUUUUUAACUUUUAAGGAGAAAAUGGAACAUAAGACCCGGUGUCAUCAGAUGUUUAAGAAGCCUGAGCAGCUGGAAGGAUUGCCUCCAGGAACAAAAGUUGUCAUUCAAGUGUCACUAGGACCUAAUCAGCCAGGCUCAGUGAAACUAGCAUCGAUUACUAUGGGCACAGUUGAGUCUGAACCAUCUCCCCUCAAGUCUAAAAGCAGAAUUUCAAAAAAUCCCCAUUAAUUUUAGUUGCGAUAAACCAAAACAUUUUAAUCCAAAGCAAAAACCCCUGUAAAAACAACACAUCAUACAUUAUUCAGUAGCACCAAAAAUAGUGAAAUAAAUUAGAUUUUUAGAAAAAUUUAAUUUUUGGUUUUUUGAGACAGGGUCUCACUGUGAACUAACUGUGUAGCCCAGUUUGCCCUCAAACUCACAGUAAUCCUCCUGGCACACCUGACAAGGAGGAUAAUGAAAUUUUGUGUUUUGUUUUGUUUUUCCUUCCCAGGACUUCACGUUUGAGAAGUGUUCUGCUUUUGAGCCACAUUCUUGGCUACUGUAGUACUGUUUAAUCUGACUUUUGUGGUAUUUGUUACUUAAAAUAUAUUACCUGGUUUUCAUAUUAACUGGUUGAACACAUGAAAGAUGUAUGUUUGAG